AGCGAACUGUUACGAACAAGAACACAAAGCGUGCCGUCGUCCCCUCGCACACAAAAAACCGGUUUGAGCGACAAAAGAAUCUGUGUAUGAACUGGGACUUAGAUGAAAAUUUCAAAAAAUUUACAACCAGUGAUGGUCUUUUUGAACCGAUAAUAAUUUACUUAAUAACACUUUCCCCACUUUUUCACUAAUAAAUAUUACUAACAACUUAAAUUUGUAAGCUUAAAAUUAAUGUAUCUAUGUUUGAAUUAAUAAAUUUGUUUUAUCGGUGGUGAUGAGCUAUAUGAUUCGAAUUUAUUAUACUUAAGUUUGUUGCUUUGUUGCUUAACUGCUAGCUAUCAGGGAGAAAUUAGUAAGAAUUUAUUAAUAUGUUGCUUUUAAUAAUCACAUUUUAUCAACUCUUAAAUAUUGAUACAAACAAAAUCAAAGCAAAUGCGUCAAAUAUCGCUUGUUUACACAUAUGUAUGUUUUAACAGCAAUUUUCUUAAUAUGGAAGUAGCUAUUUUCUGGGUUAAGGAAAGCUUUUCCAUCAAAAACUUGUAUAGCUUUUGAUAGAAAGCGGUUAAGAAACAAACUUUUCACCGGUUUACUUGUGGCAGCACUGUACACAGAUUAAAUACAAUUUCAAACAUCUUGGCAACUAUAUUAUACUUUCAUUCAUCAAUUUGUUUUGAUUACAGUUUGUAUUUUCGAUUAUUGUAUAAAUCUACAUUAUACAAUGUUUUCGACAUAACACAAAAUUAAAGUAUUUAAUAUUUAUAUAUAAAAAUACAACUACAAUGUCCUCAACUGAUAUAAAAUUAGAGGUUUGUGUCGACUCAAUUGCUUCGGCACUAGCCGCGGCCGAGGGAGGUGCUUCACGUAUUGAACUAUGUUCCGCACUAACAGAAGGUGGCCUAACGCCUUCACUAGGCACGUUGAUGACACUUAAGGAACUUAUAACCAUACCAAUUUAUUGCAUGCUACGUCCAAGACGCGGCAAUGAUUUUAUUUACUCGAAUGCAGAAAUAGAAUCAAUAUUGCUAGAUUUGGAUGUACUACGUUCACACGGUGCUGAUGGUUUUGUCUUUGGCGCACUCACCGAGCAGCGUUCCAUCGAUGUGGAAAAAUGUCAGCGUGUUUUAGAGCGUGCUGGAGGCAUGCCGCUUACAUUUCAUCGUGCAUUCGAUCUCACUACUCCAGAAAUAAUGCAUGAAAAUGUAACCAUCAUAAAAGAGUUAGGUUUUAAACGUUUACUCAGUAGCGGUUUUCGCGUCACCGCUAUUGAGGGUAGUGAUAAUCUAGCACAGCUCAUUGCUAAGCAUCGCGAUAUAAUUAUAAUGCCUGGUGCUGGUAUUAGUGUAAGCAAUUUGGAUGAAUUGUUAACAAUUACAAAAUGUGUAGAAUUUCAUGCUUCUGCUCUAUCAGCCGCUGGCGUGAUAAGCAGUAAUGGCGGAGUGGCGAGCAUGGAUUGCGAUGUAACAAUGGAAACAAAAAGUUCAUUCUACGGCUCUUAAAAUUAUUUGAAUAACCCGAAAACCAAUUUUUCGAAUAUCUGGCUUGUAACCGUUCGUACGCAUAUUAACGGAAUAGUACUGUUCAAAUAGUCGACAACGAACGGUUAACCGGAUAAUCGAGAAUGAGAGGUUAAUCGCGUAGUCGACAACUAUCGGGAUACUCCGUUCCCACUACAGGCGGGUCUAAGUAACCGGAACGGACCCGGCCAACUACUAUCAACUCGGCACCAUUCCACGAAUGUUUUCUCCCGCUGCAACAACAACAACAUUAUCCGGAUAGUAUAAACCGAAUAUUAUUAUUCGAAAAAUGCCCUUUCCGGUUAGCCGAAUACAAAGAGCUCUAGUUCAUACCCCACUUUGAUGAAAUGUAUUUGAGUUUUAAUAAAAUUAUUAUUUUCUAAUAUUUAUAGUAUUUAUUUAUAUAUAUAUAUAUUUAUGUAUAUAUAUUCCCGUAUAUAUACAUAUGUAUGUGUGUAUUUCUUUAAGAGUUCAUUAAAAUUUAAAUGACCCUAUUACUUCUAUUAAUUUUACUUAAAUAAAUUUACAUCAAUAUGUAUGUAUGUAAUAUUUAUUGUAAUAUCGAGAGUAAAUCAACAAACAGUUUGAUUAAUAUAAUAGUUAUAUUGUAACCGAGAACACAGCGAUAGAUUUACUUACAUUCUUUUUUAUAAUUUGCAGAUUACUUUAUUACGUAAAGUAAACUUGUUUACCAACAAAUGUAUUUAAGACAUAUUUAGCCAUUUUUUAUACGUUUAAUAAAUUAAAGUUGUUUCAACGACAAACCCAUUUUUGUGUAAUUACUCUACAUUAAUUUUUUAUAAAUUUUUAAACGUAAUUAUUAAAUAAUAAUUAUUAAUUAAAAUUAAAAAUGUUAAAAUUUUUACAACUACAUAUAACUUUGUUUUUCUUUUCUUUAACGGUGGUAAUAAACACAUAUUGUCUAGGAAAUAUUAGAAUGGCUCAACACAUCUAGAUAUAAUAUAUAGCAAAGAUAUGCAAAUUCAAGCUUAUAAGCAGCCAGUCAAGAAAAAACGUUUGCAAACACCCAAUUAUUGUGGUGGUGUUAUUAAAGAACAGUUUAAACAUAAAGAACCACAUGCAGUCACUGCAGCGUUCAACGCUUACAUAUUAUGCAAAAGCCAAUUUUACGAAUGCAAGAGUACCCCCAACAAAAACCAACAUACAAAUUUGCUUUGUUUCCAUUUCCGAACGCUUUGUUGCAAUCCAAUACUGUUUUUAUUCAUUUUUUAUUAUUAUUAUUAAAUAUCAUUUUAUAUGUAUGUAUAUAUGCAGGUGUAUAUGUAUACUAUUUUAGAACAAUGAUGACAACUACAAAUCUAACACAUUGCCCCAUUAUCGCUCGCUUUUUAAUGUACAUAAGUUUAACUUGGGCGUAUGUAUGUUAGUUCUUAAUAUUGUAUUUAUUAACUAUAUGCUAACAAUUUUUGAUUUAAAAACAAAGAUACAACUUUUUUUUUAUGUUUUGUUAAAUAUUUUGUUUACACAUAUGGCCAAAAAGCAACAUUUUUUUUACAUUUAUAAAGAAAAUACUUUUAAAAAUUAACAGAAAGUCGAAAGAAGAGCAAGAACAAAUCAAUCUCUAAAAAAAACAAAAAAAAAACUAUUUUAACUUAUAAAGAUUCUCUGUACCACAUUAAAUAUCGGCCACACGGCAGGCUGCGUACUGAGCAAAAUAAUUUGUAAUUUUCGGCAUAACUCUAUGCAAUGCAGUAGUGUUGGAAGCAGAGUUAUAAUAUAUAAUAUAAUAUUGCACAUUUAUAUAUUAAUUUGCAGUAGCAAUAUUUCCAACAUUUUUAAUUAUUGUUUAAUGUAACAUUUAGAUUACUAAAAACUGUGGUAAACAUAUACACACACUGAUUAUAAUGAAUAAAUUAGUGAGUUACCACCAAAAAAGCAACACAACGAAAUUUUUAAGUACUUGCAAAUACUUUGAAAACAACACUACUAAAACACCCUUCUUAUACGCACGAAAAUUGUAGUAGAAAAAAUUUUUAAUUGUAAAAUCCCCAACACUUAUUUUUUUUCAACCAACAAACAAACAACUACUUGAUUUUCUCGCUUUUCACAAACAUCGCGAAAAAAAUUCGUUUUCAAAACACAUCUUGCUGGUGGAGCGCUGCAUUUCGCACAGUGAAAUUAACCACUGUUCUGUUCUGCUAAUAUGCAACAUGAAGAGCAUUUAUUUCAGUGUUUGAAAUGCGGCAAUGCUGAGGUUGGUUUUUGUUUUUUUUUUUUGCCCACCAU